UGGUCAAAGUGGUAAAAUAAAAACAAAUGAAAUCAUAACGUAUUGAAUUCAAAACUGUAAUCAUAUUUAGAAGUAACAGAUUGAAAAUGAGCACUACGAACAAUACUUCAGAAGCUUUAGAUGUUUUCACUGACAAAUUAAUGUUAGAAAUAGAAAAGCUAAGGUCGAAGAUUAUACAGGGUAUGGAAUACUUAGAGCCUAAAAAUCUCUUGGAGAUUGUACACACUGAUUUAGAAGUACUUAUGUAUGGAGUGAAAUACGAAAUUAGCAAAAUGAAACAUAAUGUUUUAGAGCCUACCGAAAAUAAAGGAAAUAUGGAAUUAAAUGAACUUGAAAAGGCAAGAGCGAUUAUUAAAUUAUUAAGUCUGACUAACAAACUGUCAGAACAUGUUCAACGCAGUCUUGAACCAUGAUCAUAUGUUUAUCU